CCCCCAGUGGUUCUGGGUCACUUUGUCUACCUACAAGUCUCUAGUCAAGCCUGUUCUCACCAUCAGACCCAAUCAUGCCUUUAAAACCCCCUGGGUUUUAAGUGGGGGGUGGGGGAGGCACCCUCUCCCAAAGUUGCCCAUCUAAGGGGCUCAUGUCCUUGGAAUUGAGAAUUUUGCUCCUCCUCUUCCUGCUAAACUUGGAGAGCAAGAUGACCUUGCUUCUGGGAGCAAGAUCUGAGGUAGGCUUACAGCCUCGGAGCCUGGACUCAGGAGUCGGCAGGGGGAAGGAAAAGGCGGGCCAUGAAUGACCUCCAAGAGUAAGAGCAAAAGCUGUCUGAGGGUUGGGGUAUUGAGGUCUCCGGAAAGGCAUCUAAGGAGCAGGGACAACCCAGGAGAGCCAGUGGACUCUGACUAGGUGGACAGUGUUUUCUAGGAGAAAAGUGUGUGAGUGUGCCUGGUGAGUGCGUCUCAGAAAGGGGUGGAUGGGAGAGUGAGGGGUGGCAUUUCUUAUUUCCUUAAGACCAAGCACCCCUUCCUUCCCAUCUACCAAAUGAUCACCCUCAGGCACUUCAAGGACACCUAUCUAUCUGCCCCUGUCCAUUCAUCCGUCUGUCCAUCUGUCCAUCUAUCCACCUGUCCAGUUUCCUAUGCAGUCAUUAGUCCAGGCAUCAAUCUGUCCAUCCAUUCAUCUGUGCAUUCCAUCCAUCCAUCCAUCCAUCCAUCCAUCCAUCCAUCCAUCCUUCGUCCAUCUCUCUGGAAAGGUCAGGCCCCAAUUGGUCUCCCCAGGGCUGCUGGGAAGGGCCUGUGGUCCUGUGGCAUUUAUGGGGCAUGUGACCUGCCUGCCUGGCCUGGGGAGGCAGCCCCGCCCCAGCCCUCAGGCAGGGGGCCGGUCCAGGCAUGUAGGAGUAUUUAUACCUCGAUGGAGGCUCCCCGGGUGUUGCUGGGCUGAAUGACUCCCCGAAGCCGUGAUGGUGGCCAUGGCCCCGAGCCCACUCCGGCUUUCUUCGAGGCCAGGACUGGGUGAUGGUGUCGCUACUCCCGCCGCAGUCUGACGCCACGCUGCCCGGCCCCGCCAGACUGGAGGGUGAGCCGCAGGGGGACCUCAUGCAGGCACCGGGCCUCCCAGGCUCCCCUGUGCCACAGAACAAGCUUGCCGGCUUCAGCUGCUCGUCAUUUGUGCCCGAUGGCCCCCCAGAGAGGGCAUCCUCGCUGCCCCCACAGAGCCCCAGCGUCGCAUCACCAGGCCCUGAGCAAGUCCACUGCCCAGCCGGCCCGGGCCCGGGCCCCUUCCGGCUCUCGCCCUCAGACAAGUACCCCAGCUUCGGCUUUGACGAGGGGCAAGCAAGCAGCCCCGGGCGCUUCCUCAAGGGCGGCCAUGGGCCUUUCCACCCAUACAAGCGGCAUUUCCAUGAGGACGUCUUCCCCGAGGCCCAGACCACCCUGGCCCUCGAUGGACACUCCUUUAAGACCCCGGGGGCGCUGGAGGCCUUCGAGGAGAUCCCCGUGGAUGUGGGGGAGGCUGAGGCCUUCCUGCCUGGCUUCUCAGCAGAGGCCUGGUGCAACGGGCUCCCCUACCCCAGCCAAGAGCACAGCCCCCAAGUCCUGGGCUCAGAAGUCAAGGUCAAGCCCCCAGCUCUGGAGACUGGACCUGGGAUGUACUGUUACCAGCCCCCCUUGCAGCACAUGUACUGUCCCUCCCAGCCCCCCUUCCACCAGUACUCACCAGGUGGUGGCAGCUACCCCAUACCGUACCUGGGCUCCUCACACUAUCCAUACCAGCGGAUCGCACCCCAGGCCAGCACCGAUGGGCACCAGCCUCUCUUCCCAAAACCCAUCUACUCCUACAGCAUCCUCAUCUUCAUGGCCCUUAAGAACAGUAAAACAGGGAGCCUUCCUGUCAGCGAGAUCUACAAUUUCAUGACGGAGCACUUUCCCUACUUCAAGACAGCACCUGACGGCUGGAAGAAUUCUGUUCGCCACAACCUCUCUCUCAACAAAUGCUUUGAGAAGGUAGAGAACAAAUCAGGAAGCUCCUCUCGCAAGGGCUGCCUGUGGGCCCUCAAUCCGGCCAAAAUCGACAAGAUGCAGGAGGAGCUGCAGAAGUGGAAGCGGAAAGACCCUAUGGCUGUGCGCAAGAGCAUGGCCAAGCCAGAAGAGCUGGACAGCCUCAUUGGAGAGAAGAGGGAGAAGCUGGGCUCCCCACUGCUGGGCUGCCCAGCCCCUGGGCUGGCCAGCUCAGGCCCCAUCCGGCCCCUGGCCCCUCCAGUUGGGCUCUCCCAGCCACUGCACUCAAUCCACCCAGCUCCUGGCCCCAUUCCCAGCAAGAACCCCCUGCAGGACCUACUUGGGGGCCACGUGCCCUCCUGCUAUGGGCAGACAUAUUCGCACCUCUCACCGGGCCUGGCCCCUCCCGGACCUCCGCAGCCAUUGUUCCCGCAGCCGGAUGGGCACCUUGAGCUGCGGGCCCAGCCAGGCACCCCCCAGGACUCGCCUCUGCCCGCCAACACCCCACCCAGCCACAGCGCCAAGCUACUGGCUGAGCCUUCCCCGGCCAGGACCAUGCAUGACACCCUGCUGCCGGAUGGAGACCUCGGCACUGACCUGGAUGCCAUCAACCCCUCUCUCACCGACUUUGACUUCCAGGGAAACCUGUGGGAACAGCUGAAGGAUGACAGCUUGGCCCUUGACCCCUUGGUACUGGUGACCUCGUCCCCGACAUCAUCUUCAAUGCCACCACCUCCGCCACCACCCCAUGGCUUCCCGCCGGGGCCCUGUCUGGCAGAGACAAGCAGUGCGGCCGGCGACUUGGCACCGCCAGGCAGUGGGGGCUCCGGGGCAUUGGGCGACCUGCACCUCACCACCCUCUACUCGGCCUUCAUGGAGCUGGAGCCCACACCCCCCACGGCCCCUGCGGGACCCUCUGUGUACCUCAGCCCCAGCUCCAAGCCCAUGGCCCUAGCGUGAGCCAUGCCCAGCAACAGCUCCAGCCUUCGUCUGGCUUGGAAGUCCCAGCUGGCCGCCCACAUCGGGCCCACCUUGAAGGUCAAGGAAGGAAAACCAUCUCUGUCCCCUAUGCCACUAAGCCAACUGUUUGUUAGCUGGCAGCUUGGGGGUGAAGAAGACACCACCCACGAUGCCGCCCCUCACACAUUUCUGCUCCCUGGUGAGCCAGUUCCUCACUCAGGGUCGCUGAAGACCAAGUGCCCAGGCAAGGAAAAAACACACCCUCCCUAGCUCACACUCACCCACACUUACACCCUCCUGCAUAAUAUGUGCAUGCAUAUGCA